CUUCAAAGUGGACAAGGCUUACACAAACAUUACUUCAGCUCUUCGGAAAAUCUUCAGCGCUGCUGGUCACUCACCAUAUACUAAGACACAGCUGUCUCACACACAUUAGUGAAUAUGUUUCACUCACAAAUUGAACUGACACAAAAUCCUCUGGAGAAAAUCUGGGUGCCAUGGAUGAGCAGCAGACUGAGACGGAGAAGAGGCUCAUCAGUACCACAGUUCACCAACUCUCCCACCAUGAUUGUGAUGGUUGGUCUGCCUGCCCGUGGAAAGACCUACAUCUCAAAGAAACUCACACGCUACCUUAACUGGAUUGGAGUUCCCACCAGGGUGUUUAAUGUUGGGCAGUACCGCAGAGAUGCUGUGCGCACCUAUAAGAGUUUUGAAUUCUUCCGCCCAGACAACGAAGACGCCAUGAAAAUUCGCAAAGCUUGUGCUCUGGCAGCGUUGAAGGAUGUCUUUUGUUACUUUACUCAGGAUCAUGGACAAGUGGCAGUGUUCGAUGCGACCAACACAACAAGAGAACGUAGAGAGGUGAUCCUCACUUUUGCUAAAGAGAACGGCUAUAAAGUGUUUUUCGUUGAAUCUCUUUGUGAUGACCCAGAAAUCAUUGCAGAAAACAUCAAGCAAGUGAAGCUGAGCAGUCCUGAUUAUGUUAACUGUGAUAAAGAUGAGGCUGUGACUGACUUCCUUAAGAGGAUAGACUGCUACAAACUCACAUACGUUCCAUUAGAUGAUGACAAAGACAGAAACCUGUCUUACAUUAAGAUCUUUAACGUGGGCAGCAGGUACCUGGUUAAUCAGGUUCAAGAUCAUAUUCAGAGCAGGAUCGUCUACUAUCUGAUGAACAUCCAUGUCACACCUCGCACUAUCUACCUCUGUCGUCAUGGAGAGAGCGAACUCAACCUUUUGGGGCGUAUUGGAGGUGAUACCGGACUCUCACCACGAGGAAUGAAGUUUGCUGCAGCUUUAGGCACAUACAUCAGGGGUCAGUGCAUCCUGGAUUUGAAGAUCUGGACCAGUCACAUGAGAAGAACAAUCCAGACUGCAGAGGCAAUUGGAGUGCCUUAUGAACAGUGGAAAGCACUUAAUGAGAUUGAUGCUGGUGUGUGUGAGGAGAUGACUUAUGAAGCAAUUCAAGAUCACUUUCCUGAGGAGUUUGCUCUCAGAGACCAAGACAAAUAUCGGUACCGCUAUCCAAAGGGUGAAUCUUAUGAAGAUCUAGUUCAGCGCUUAGAGCCUGUAAUCAUGGAGCUUGAGCGCCAAGAAAAUGUUCUCGUCAUAUGUCAUCAGGCUGUCAUGCGCUGUCUUCUGGCGUACUUCCUGGACAAAAGCUCAGAUGAGCUGCCUUAUCUGAAGUGUCCUCUGCAUACGGUGAUGAAACUCACUCCAGUUGCCUAUGGCUGUGAAGUUGAGUCCAUUUUCCUGAAUGUUGAAGCAGUAAACACUCACAGAGACAGACCUGUGAAUGUGGAUGUGGACAGAGAUCCAGAGGAUGCUUUACUGACUGUACCAGAACACAACUAGACAAGACCACAACAAAUACACCAGUUCAGUUCUCUAAAUGAUUUAAUAUAUUUUCAUUAUUUGCAGGACCCUCUCACCUUGGAUAUGAUUUUGUAACAUUUGCAAUAAUUUCAGGGUAAUUGGAGUUGUGAACGGUGCCACUCAGAUCCUGUGUCAGAUAUUGUAUAAAUGAUGUUUAGCUAUAAACAAAUUUUGGGAGGAGCACGCUCAGAUAAUUAACAUAGCUGGCUUCUUGUCUCCUGAUUAUGCCUUUAUCCAUCCAGAGCAAGAGAAGCCUCCUAUGAAUUCGUACAAGCUUCUUACCUUGAUAUCUUGCUCACAGCAUCCUCUCUUCUAUACCAAACACUAGACUUAGAUAUUAAGAUUUAUACAUUGAUGUCAAGAAAAUUAAUAAUGGAAUGUGCAUAUAAAGUGAAAGAUUAGAAGUUAAUUGUGCAUUUGUUGGGAUAUUCCUGUCAAAUGACUGUCAGUCCAGAGACAUCACAGCUGACCAGACCAUUUUAUCUCUUAAACUGCAACUCAUUAAACUCAUGAUUCAA